AUGGCUGGGUUCACUGUGAGUGCUUCUCGAUUCUAUAAUUCUCGGCGUGGUUUUGUUGUUGUUGUUGUUGUUGCUGCUGUUGUUGUUGUUGUUGCUGCUGCUGCUGCUGCUGCUUCCCACCAUGGAGAUGCUGGCUUUUUGUCUCAACAGAUAACUUACUACGUCAUAGUUGUGAAGGACGUGUUCCUUUUGAGAAAGAAGAAGUGCAUCCGGUAUAUGGAGGGCAGCGAAAACGGGAUGGAGAAUCCCAACAGCGUGGCUUCGAGUCUGGAUGAAGCCAACACGCCCGACUCCAACAAGACGGACAACUCCAUUUCCGGCUCCAUGUCGGCAUCCGGUUCCGGGUCAACGUCAGACCGCGAGGGCCACCGGUCCAUCCUCAGUCCGGCCAUGAGCAUGAGUUCCCCCCAGAGCUUACCCCUCACCUCACCUAUGAUGCUUCCUUCGCCGAGCCUCUCACUCAUGUCACCCAUGACGCCAAACUCGGCACUCUCCAGGUCCAAUGAGCCACCAACGGCGGCGACAAGCUCGAGCCACCAGGCCAUGCCGCAGUCGUCAUCGCUGCACCAACCCGUGCUGCUGCUGAGCUCGUUGCCUGUGUCCACAUCGGCAGGCAUGCCGUGCGGAGUCACGGCUGGUGCAGCGAGUGCCAGUUCUUUCAGCGAUUCCUCUCCACCCACCUAUGUCGCUCUUUGA